GAUGAAUGAUGUUAAUGGUCUGGAAGACCCAUUUCGUAACUUAAAGGUUGGGCAAACUGUGACUGCAAGGAUUAUUAUGAAAGCUAAGCAAUCGGAUAAAAAAAAAGCUACCAAUGGGAUCUGUCAUUGAAACCUAAGUUGCUUACAGAUUCCUUCGAAAUGGAGGACAAGCUUAUGGCCAAAGAUGUUGAUUUUUCAACUGGACAAUGCGUCACUGGUUAUGUGUAUAAGGUGGACAGUGAAUGGGUUUGGUUAACAGUAUCUCGAGAUGUGAGAGCUCAGCUUUUUAUUCUUGACAGUGCACACGACCCUAGUGAACUAGAGGGAUUUCAGAAAUGCUUUCAUGUAGGAAAAGGUGUUUCUGGUCAUAUUUUAAGUAUUAACAAUGAGAAAAGGCUGAUACGGUUGGUUCUAAGUCCUUCAUUUGCUGUCUCUUAUGGAAACGUUGGUGGUAAAGAUGAUUUAAAGACGAACCAUUUGAAUGAUGUUACAUCUCAUGUUCAUGAAGGAGAUGUUGUGGGUGGAAGAAUAUCCAAAAUACUUGCAGGUAUUGGUGGAUUGCUCGUGCAAAUUGGUCCUCAACUGUAUGGUAGAGUACAUUUUAUGGAACUUAGAGACUCAUGGGUGCCUGACCCAUUUUAAUGCCCGGG